AUGUUUGAUUGUCUUGCCAAAUGGAAUACGAAUUUGUCACUCAACAGUCGUCCGAUGGUGGGAACAGUCGUCCGAUGGUGGGAACAGCCUUCCAGUGGUGGGAACAGCCUUCCAGUGGUGGGAACAGCCUUCCAGUGGUGGGAACAGCCUUCCAGUGGUGGGAACAGCCUUCCAGUGGUGGGAACAGCCUUCCAGUGGUGGGAACAGCCUUCCAGUGGUGGGAACAGCCUUCCAGUGGUGGGAACAGCCUUCCAGUGGUGGGAACAGCCUUCCAGUGGUGGGAACAGCCUUCCAGUGGUGGGAACAGCCUUCCAGUGGUGGGAACAGCCUUCCAGUGGUGGGAACAGCCUUCCAGUGGUGGGAACAGCCUUCCAGUGGUGGGAACAGCCUUCCAGUGGUGGGAACAGCCUUCCAGUGGUGGGAACAGCCUUCCAGUGGUGGGAACAGCCUUCCAGUGGUGGGAACAGCCUUCCAAUGGUGGGAACAGCCUUCCAAUGGUGGGAACAGCCUUCCAAUGGUGGGAACAGCCUUCCAAUGGUGGGAACAGCCUUCCAAUGGUGGGAACAGCCUUCCAAUGGUGGGAACAGCCUUCCAAUGGUAGGAACAGUGUCGCCCUAA